AUGGUAAGGCUAAUUCAAAGGAAUAAAAUGGACAACCAAUCCACUGUGACAGAAUUCCUUCUGAUGGGAUUUUCUGAUGACCGUGAUGUGCAAAUUUUGCAUUUUGUGAUAUUUCUCGUCAUUUACUUAUUAGCCUUCUUGGGGAAUGUUCUCAUAAUCUUUGCUGUGGCCCUAGACCAUCACCUUCACACACCCAUGUAUUAUUUUUUGGCCAAUUUAUCGUUGUCAGAUAUUUGUUACAUCUCAACCACUGUCGCCAAAUCCAUGGCCACUUCUUUGACAAACGACAAAACUAUUUCUUUUGCUGGAUGUGUGGCCCAGGUUUUCUUUGUUGUCACAUUUGCAGGUUCUGAGCUUGCCUUGCUCACUAUCAUGGCUUAUGACCGCUAUGUAGCCAUCUGCCAUCCACUGCAAUAUAUUCUAAUCAUGAAAAAAGAUGUAUGUUUCCACUUGGCAGCUGCUUCCUGGCUAAGCAACUUGACCAACGCAUUGUUACAAACAUGUAUCACUUUUCGUUUAUAUUUCUGUGGGCCCAAUAUGAUUGGCCAGUAUUUCUGUGAUAUCCCUCAGUUACAAAAGAUUUCUUGCAGUGAUACAAAAGUUAGCCAGGUUCUGGUUUUUGUCAGUGUGGCCAUUGUGGACUCUUUUUGUGGUGGGUUCAUCUUUGUUUCUUAUGGCUACAUCUUCUCUGCCGUGCUGAGGAUUCCAUCAGUUCAAAGCAGAUAUAAAGCUCUGUCUACCUGUGUUCCCCACUUGAUGGUCUUCUCUUUAUUUAUCAUCACUGCUAUGUUUUCAUACAUGAGGCCUAAAUCACUUUCCUUUAGAAUGAUGGACUUGUUCUCUGCUGUUUUGUACACAGUUUUGCCACCACUACUGAAUCCCUUCAUUUAUAGCUUCAGGAACAAGGACAUCCAAAAGGGUGUAUUGAAAAUAUCAAAAUACAUUUUUUUUAAAAAAAUCCCCUAA